AUGGCGAAUUAUUCCAAUCAACACCGUAAUAGUAGUAGUAAUUACUACCAGGCGACCAAGGAAGUCGCCGCCCGUUCCAACAUCCAGGCCAGCGCCUACACCGUUGAUGCCGUCGACAUGGCCCUGAAGGGCUUCCACUACUCUACCUGCGGGGCAGGCGGUACGUACUAUCAACAUCAACCUCAUAUCGUCGANCUAACACGACGACAGGAGCGGGGUGGUGGGUUUGAGGUGAGCACGUCACCGCCACCGUCGCCACGGACGUCGCCCGUCAACAGGGCUUCGUCGUCGCCGCAGCGCCCGGGCCUCAAGGCUCGCUCGCGCAGCAGAGGCGCCGCAUACACCAUCACGGAAGAAUGUGAGAGACUCUUCUGCGAGACACUGGACACCGUUUUUCUUGGUGAGGGAAACACCGUCGCUCAGGACUCGCUUGUGAUGGGUAUGCGUUACAACAACAAGAUAAGCAACGACAGAAGUGCCCCGCUGCCUUCUCCUUCGCCCUCGGCCGACAGCGCUAUCGAUAUGGCUGUUCCCAACAACGCUGUGCGUGAGUGGGUCGAGAUCUGGGAGUACGCUGCUGGCCUGCGCUUCCGCGGCUUUGUCUCCGACAAGAAUGGACUAAGCACUCUAUUCGUCUUUUUCGACAAGACGGUCAUUGGACCUGAUCUCAAGAAUNNGGGUAUGUCUGACUUGAAUCUUCUGUCUCGUGACCAUCUACUGACUAUUCUCCGCAGCCUCAUGUGCCUUCUCGAGUUGGCUGGUAACGAUGACUUUGGCUGCUCGAACCUCGUCGUUUGCCUUGAUCGCUCUGCCGACCAAGAAGACCUCAAAGACUUGACUCGCGACCUCGGCUGGGUCGGCUUCGAGCUUACUACCCUCGACCGCUGGUCAAAGGGCGUUGCUUGCACAAGUGACAAGUGGAUCUUCCUCGACAUGGAAGUCUAA